CAAAAAAACUUUCAUAGAAUCUCACUUGGCAAAACGCGACAUUCCGCCUAACUUGAACACAACAUUUGACGAGGAAGCCACCAGGAAACAUCUCGAAACACUGGACAAGGACUUGCUCGAUGAAGUCAAGUGGAUCACUGAUAAGAUGUUUAAAACGAUCCAGCUUCACAACACAAAUAUCUCACCAACCGGCGGUGAAUACAUCCGUCCUUCUACGCCUCGCCAAUAUUCCGCCAUUAAAAGGCCUGAGUUCCAGCGACUACUUCGGUUGCUUACAAUAUAUCCACCAACCGUACAGUGUAAAUUCCAUCGCAUACCGUUCGCCCUCAGCCCACCUAUGCUGCGGAAGCGCCACACUGUACUUAUUCGUUACAUUAAAGCUAACGGAUACUAUCCGCUUGAGCAGUCGAAGGCGAUGCAAAUCGGUCUCGAUAAGCAGGAAACAAAACCGCUCGAGGAGACUGGCGGAUCAUCCACCAAGCGUAACCGCUGGGAUUCAUCAGAUUCCGAAUUGGAACCGGCGGUAAACCAGAAGAAGCCACGUCGCAAGGCCAUCAUCAUCAGCGAUGAGGAUGAGCCGUGA